CACCAAGUCACUUCCAUUUGUCUGCUCAGCAGUGCGAAACGUGCAAAAAGUGAUUGGCGAAAAAUUAAAUUAUUAAAUUCAAAUACCCAGUACAUCAGCCCAUCAGAAAUAAAAUUGAAAGUAUGCCUCUAAAAAUUAAGAACGUUCUGGUCUGCGAUGCGGUGGACAAGUCGUGUGUCGAGCUGCUGGAACAGCAUGGCAUUAAUGUUACCUACAAACUGAAACUCCCCGUGGAGCAGCUAUGCCAGGAAGUGAAGAACUUUGAUGCGGCCAUCGUUCGCUCGGAUACGAAAAUAACCGCGGAAGUCCUGGCCGCCGGAGCUGGCAGUCUUAAGGUUGUGGGCCGUGCCGGGGCGGGCGUUGAUAACAUCGAUGUCCCUGCAGCGACGGCGCAUAAUGUCGUUGUCCUUAACACUCCGGGUGGCAAUUCCAUUUCGGCCUGUGAGCUGACGUGCAUCCUAAUUGGCGCCCUGGCCCGCCCCGUCGUUCCCGCCGGCCAGAGCAUGAAGGAGGGUCGCUGGGACAGGAAGCUCUACAGCGGCACCGAGCUGUACGGAAAAACACUGGCCGUCCUUGGACUGGGCAGGAUUGGACGUGAGGUGGCCAUUCGCAUGAAGACCUGGGGCAUGAGGAUUAUUGGAUACGAUCCCAUUACCACGGAGGCGGAAGCCAAGGCGGCGGGCAUCGAGAAAAUGACUCUGGAAGAGAUCUGGCCCUUGGCGGACUACAUUACAGUGCACACGCCCCUGAUUCCGGCCACCAGAAAUCUCGUAUCCUCGGAAACCCUGGCCAAGUGCAAGCAGGGCGUCAAAGUUGUCAACGUGGCCCGCGGAGGCAUCAUCGAUGAACAGGCCAUCCUCGACGGCCUGGAGUCUGGCAAGGUGGCCGGAGCUGCCUUCGACGUUUAUCCCGAGGAGCCGCCAAAGUCUGCGGUUACCAAGGCCCUUAUCAGCCACCCAAAGGUGGUGGCCACUCCCCACUUGGGGGCCAGUACCGCGGAGGCCCAGGUCCGUGUGGCUGUGGAGGUGGCGGAGCAGUUCAUUGCCCUCAACGGAACAUCUCCAAAGUACACCAGCUAUGCCGGCGUCAUCAACAAGGAUGCUCUGGCCCACUAUCAGUAAGAAAUAACGAAUUUUGAAACUUAAUUAAGCUUGGAAAAAGGAGCCAAUAGUUCAGCAUUUACUCGACUAAGUUUACAAGCCUAUUGUAUAUAAAUAAACUAUAUAAAGCUUCUGAAAACUA